AUGGCGCGCAACCCCUGCGACAUCCGCCUCCUCCUCGUCGCCGCCGCCGUCGCCUUCAUCUACAUCCAAGUGCGGCUGUUUUCCACCCAGUCUUCUUCUUCUUCUAAUUCCCACUCUUCAGACGCCGGACGCCUCGCGGAAGCAGAGAAAUGCGAGAGCCAGCUGCACGCCAUGAUCGACCAGGUCAGCGCCCAGCAGGAGAAGAUCGCCGCACUUGAAGAGAUGAAGGUACGCCAAGACGAGGAGCGCGUGCAGCUCAAGAUUUUAAUCCAAGAUCUUGAAAAGAGGAGUUUACAGACCUUAACAAACAAGAACGUGGUUCCUGUCGCCGCUGUUGUCAUAAUGGCUUGCAAUCGACCAGACUAUUUGCAGAGGACAGUCGAAUCUAUCCUCAAGUAUCAGAAAGCAGUUGCUUCAAAGUUCCCACUGUUUAUAUCACAGGAUGGAACAAAUGGAGAAGUAAAAAAGAAAGCUUUGAGUUACACUCAAAUAACAUUUAUGCAGCAUGUGGAUCUUGAGCCUGUGCGCACUGAAAGACCAGGAGAAAACAUUGCAUAUUACAAGAUAGCUAACCACUAUAAAUGGGCCUUGGAUGAGCUAUUCAUUAAGCAUGAUUUUCGUCGAGUAAUCAUUCUGGAAGAUGACAUGGAGAUCGCCCCAGAUUUCUUUGAGUACUUCGAGGCUGCAGCGAAAUUACUUGACACUGACAAGUCGAUAAUGGCUGUUUCAUCUUGGAAUGACAAUGGGCAAAAGCAGUUUGUUUAUGACCCAAAGGCUCUUUACCGUUCGGACUUCUUUCCUGGGCUUGGAUGGAUGCUAACGAAGUCAACAUGGAUGGAGCUGUCACCAAAGUGGCCCAAAUUUACUUAUUGGGAUGACUGGGUGAGGCUAAAGGAGGUACACAGAGAUCGGCAGUUUAUUCGGCCAGAAGUAUGCAGAACAUACAACUUUGGCGAGCAUGGAUCAAGCAUGGGACAAUUCUUUGAUCAAUACUUGAAACCAAUCAAGUUAAAUGAUGCUCAUAUUGACUGGAAUUCCGAGGACCUGAGCUACCUCAAGGAGGACAAGUUUCUGACCAAAUUUGGAAAAGACGUGGCUAGCGCCACACCUGUGCAUGGAUCCGAUGCUCUGUUGAAGGCUCACAAUCUGGAUGUGGACGUAAGGAUUCAGUAUGACAAUCAGGGCGACUUCGAGCGUAUAGCUCGUCAGUUUGGAAUAUUUGAAGAGUGGAAGGACGGUGUCCCACGGGCGGCUUACAAAGGCGUGGUGGUGUUCCGGUACAAGAGCAGCCGAAGACGGAUAUACCUGGUGGGCCCCGACUCUCUUGGCCAACUCGGGGUUUAG